UAACGAAAAUGCUUCUGGUGACAUUUUUUUUAAUACUCUGUGAUAUUUCAACGAAUAAGCUUAACGCCAGUGGGAAAAUCCUGGACAAAUAUACCAAGAGCCCGGGGAGUAUUUACCAUGGUAGGCAGGUUCACGAGGGACAUAAAGGACCCACACUUAUUGGUGCCACGUCGUGUAUUUCAUGACGGAAAUUUGGAAACAUACUUUCUCCCUGGAUAUUACGAUCGUCGUGAAGUUGACGCAAGACGAAAAAGAUCAAUCAACGAUGACAAUGAGGACAAAUUGCAUUUGGUUCUUCCGUUUAAUGGAAUUGAGCACCAUGUUGAGUUAACACCAUUCCACGAUUUUAUCUCUCCUGAAAUGGUGAUUGAAAUCAGGGGAAAAGGGAUCAGUACCGAUUUGAACAAAGGUCUUCAAUUUAAGAGGGUGUCUGAUCAUCAAUGCCAUUACAGGGGUACCGUCAGGGGACAAAAGUCUUCGAGAGCAGCCUUAUCCCUCUGCGACGGUGUUGUCGGGUAUGUGCAUACCAAUCAAGGACGUUAUUUCAUCGAACCUUUGCAUCAGGCGAAUCCUGAAACUGAUGGACAACAUGUGCAUGUAGCUUAUAAAAGAAGUGCUCCCCACGAAAAUGAUGAGAAAUUCUGUGGAACUAAUGACAAUUGGGAAGCUGCUUGGGUUGAACAAUUGGAGAGAAGAGAACGGGAAUUAUCAUCGCAGACGAUAGGUCAUAACGAAACUAAACGAAGUGACAAGACAGCAGGAGGAAUUCAUAGUGUUCAUCGAUACAUUGAAGCGGCAAUCAUAGCCGAUAAGAAAUUUUUGGAUUUCCACAAGGGAACGGAUUAUCAACAGUAUCUACUGACAAUAUCGAAUAUGGUGUCAGAUUUUUAUCACGACAGUUCCGUUGGAAAUCAAAUUGACUUUGUUGUUGUGCGGAUGGUCUAUUUAGAGCAAGAAAAAGAGGAAAUAGAUUUAACAAUUAGUACGAAUGCUGAUGUGACUCUGGCAAGUUUUGCCAAAUGGGCGAUGAAGAUGAACCCUGAGUCCCAUACUCAUCCAAAUCAUCAUGAUCUUGCUAUUCUGAUUACAAGAUAUGACAUUUGUGACGAGGUGGACGAUUGUGGCUUGAUGGGUUUAGCUUACGUUUCGGCAGUUUGUGACAGAGCAAAAGCAGCCUGUAUUAAUGAAGAUAGUGGACUUCUGCUAGGAGUUGUAAUCACCCAUGAAGUUGGACACAAUUUAGGUUCUGCCCAUGACACUGAAGAAAUCAGCGGCUGUCCCUCUCAAGACAAGGAUGAAAGUUACUUUGUCAUGUCGCCUAUUGUCUUCAGUUACACUUUAAGAUGGUCCACAUGCAGCAGAAAAUUUAUAACCACUUUAAUGGAUACCGGUUUGGGAGAUUGCCUAACAGAUGAUCCAAAAAGUCCUCCGGAUAAUUUCAAGUACCCAAAUAUGCUGCCUGGAGCAAUGUACGGACUGGACUAUCAAUGUAAUUUACUAUUGAACAAUUCGAAGGCGUGUGAUAAAAAAGGUGACUGUGCGUCUCUUUGGUGUCAAGAAGGAGAUCAAUGCCUAACAAAUGAUUCUCCACCAGCAGAGGGUUCUAAUUGUGGUACAAAUAAGUGGUGCAUUCAUAAGCAAUGUGUGGACAUUGGUUCUCGUCCGUCAGCAGUGAAUGGCGGUUGGGGUGAGUGGGGACCGAUGAGCGAAUGCUCUAGAACAUGCGGUGGGGGCGUCAAAACUGUGGAAAGAGAAUGUGAUAAACCGGCUCCAUCGAAUGGUGGUAGAUUUUGCAUUGGGGAGAGAAAGAAAUUCGAAAUUUGCAAUAUCAAGCCUUGUGAUCCCUCAGCUCCUGCUUUUCGUGCUGUUCAAUGUAGUGAAUUUAACAAGAAGAAAGUUAAGGAUGACGGAUUACAUACGUGGACACCUUACACAAAAGAUAAGUCAAAUUUGUGUUCACUGAAAUGUAUAAAUGAAAAGAAAGUCUAUAUGGAGCUUGCUCGAGUGGUGAAAGACGGAACUUCCUGUAAAGCUGGAACUAACAAUAUGUGUAUAUCCGGAGUUUGCAGAAACGUUGGAUGUGACUGGAAAAUAGAUUCAGAUGCAAUUGAAGAUACUUGUGGAAUUUGCAAGGGUACCGGUGUUAGUUGCAAACACGAACAAGGAGAUUUUACUGCCGAAAAACUAAAAAAUUAUCAGAAAGUAGUAACAGUGCCAAAAGGAAGUACGAACAUUCACAUGUUCGAGAGAAAACCAAAUGAAAACAUGUUGGCUGUUAAACUUGAAAAUGAAAACAAAUAUUGUCUAAAUAGUGGUUUUGAGGAGCAACUUAAUGGAGAUUAUCCCUGUGCUGGUUCCAUUAUUAUUUACACACAUCCUGAAACUGAUCAAGAAGAUCUGGUAAUAAAGGGACCAAUUAGUGAGGAUAUACAAUUACAGUAUGCCUUUUUUGGAAAAACCAAUCCGGGAGUUCAUUAUGACUAUUAUGUUAAAUCUGGAAAAACCGAACAGAUAUCUAAUUAUGCGUGGGAAUUUUUGGAGUGGUCAGAAUGUAGUGCGAAAUGUGGAGGAGGUACAAAGAAAUCAGAAGCAACUUGUCUGGAGGAAAUAGGUGGAAAAGUGUCCAACAAUUUUUGUUCCAGCGUCCCACGUCCAGAGACAAAAACUCAAAUAUGCAAUGAGCAGCCCUGCCCUUCGAAAUGGAGAGUCAGUCAGUGGAGUGCAUGCAAUGCUUGUAACAAAAAAAAGGGUUUUCGUCGUCGAAAAGUGCAGUGUGUGAAACCGGGAGCCCAUCCUGGAGAAGAUGACGUCGUAACGGAAUUAAAAGACUGCGGUGGUAAAACGCCAAAACAGAAGAAGGACUGCAUAGGAACUAGGCCCUGCAAAAAAACUUGUAAGUCUAGAAGAGAAAUCGAAAUUUCCCCAAAAAAUCACCUACUAGCUCCUGAGGAACAACACAGAUUUAUCGAUCGGUUCGUGGAUGUUAGUCUAAUGCAAUAUCUCCAGUCACAUGGGAAUUCCUUCAAAGCCUUUAAGCCUGAAAAACGAAACACCGACAACGAUGACUAUAGGCAUCUGCUUCACAACUGGAUUGCCAAAGAUAAAGUCGUAGGGAAACAUUGUGUAAAAAAACAUAUUAAAAAAGAGUUUACCACUCCAAAACCAGGGUCUAUAAUUAAGGAUCCAGUACCUCGAGAUAAGAAGAUUCUCAUCAUUGCGCCUUACAGGGAGAAUUCUCUAAGUUCAAAUUUGUCUGAUCUUGCAUUCCAAGAAGCUGGUGAUUCUGGUGAUAUUUCAAUUGAUACAGAGCAUAAGAGAAUUUUUACAGGUAAAGACGCUAUUGAUCUGGAGAAUAGGAUCAGACAUCAUAAUAUUUCUCAAAGUGAUUUAAACAAAUUGUGA